AUGUUUUGCUGUGCUUGUGGUGUCGUUGAUGAAUAUUACGAUGAAAAUGCUAUAGUUCAUCACAAUGAUACACCUAAACACGCUUGCAAUAUGAUUUUAAUGGCAUAUAAAGAAAAAAAAAAAAACUUCAGCAAGAAUCGUGAUGGUGUCAUCAUCCUUGGCAGUGUUGAAAGUGAACCUUUGCCUGGUGCUGAUAUUAAUAAAGUGGAGAAUACAGAUCACCAUAAGAUAAGGAUAAUGGCUAAACCCAACCAGCCAGUGAAGUUUUCAUUCAGUAUUACUAAUGAUAUGCGAAAUGAAGACUUGUUAGUUGUUGGUAUUCAGUUGGCUCAUCCACAGUCACAGUUUCUUAUGAAUGAACAUCCAUACAUAUUUGGUGAAGAACCAAAUAUUUUGGAGAAAAAGACCACCAUAAAGGAUCAAGUUUUUGUAACAUUUGUGUCUUCAGAUAUUGGACAAUAUGAGAUGCCUAUUAUGUUCACAUUUCAUAGGAGAAGUGAUGAGAAAAAUAUCAUAAUUGUGCGAGAAAUGGUUGUUUCAGUUUAUGAAGAGCAUUUUGUUUACAAAUAUACAAAGACCCCUUUUACCAACAAGGAUUGGGAGCGAGCCGAUCACAUACUGUCGUGCCUUGUACCGCAUCAAUCAAAGUUUAAAAUACCAAAGUUAUUAAAAUUACUUUUACCUCAUGGUUUAGAAGAAAAAGCCUUGGAAGAUAUAAAUGCCCCUAGGGAAAUUAUAGAAAAACUACGGCUGUUAAUAAUUUCUACUAGGGCUAUAUUUGACGAAGGACCAACGAAAAUGAAUUACAUGGCUUACUUUCAUCACCUACUCUGGUGGGAAGAAAUUAUAGCAAAAAUGAACUUAAGGAAAUACAAUAUGUCCAAUGUUAUGAUUGAAAAACGGAACGACGCUUAUUACCUGGAAGUACCAGGACUGGCCGAAAAAAGACCAUCUUUACUGCGAGGUGACAGAGUGUAUGUUAAGCCACUUGAAAACACUAAGAUUAUAUUCGAGAGCACUGUAAAAGACAUUGAAGAUAGUCAUAUUCAAUUAGAAAACUUUGACGAAACAUUUCAUAUGUACUACCAUGCCGAAGCUCUUUUUGAUGUACGCUUCAUAUGUUCUUGCGUACCAGCCGAGCGUAUGCAUGAAGCGGUUAACCGAAUUUUUAUAUCCAAACAGGAAUCCCGAGUAUUUCCAGUGGCCCCCAAACGAAAAGUGAAUGUUAAACCUAUUAAUAAGUUUUACAAUCCGCUGAUUGUAGACAAUGAAGAGCAAAGAUCAGCAGUUGAGCAUAUAGUUGCUGCAUCAUCAGCAAAAGCUCCAUACAUUGUCUUUGGACCACCUGGCACCGGAAAAACUAUAACUAUUGUCGAAGCAAUAAUACAACUUGUAAUGCGUAACCCCAAAAACAGAAUAAUGGUCUGCACUGAUUCCAACAUGGCUGCUGAUCAUAUUGCUGUAAUGCUUUUGAAAUAUAACAAGACUUUGAAUAUAAGCAAUUUUCUUAUACGAGCCAACUCACAAAGCCGUGAAUGGACUGUUAUGCCUCCAGCACUCGCGCCCGUGUCAAAUGGUACUAGCUACGAGACAUUCUAUUCAUUAAGCAACGUACAUGUUGCUAUGUACAGAAUAUUCGUUACCACAUUACUACAUGCGGCAAAGUAUGGGUCGCCAAGAAGCCAGUCAAUGUAUAAGCUGCAGAUGACCCAUUUGUUUAUCGACGAAGCGGCCCAAUCCUCAGAGCCAGCCACUCUCGUGCCAAUAACCAAUCUUUUAUCGCCAAGCGGCUUUCUUGUGCUGGCCGGGGAUCCGAUGCAGUUGGGUCCUGUGUGUAUUUCCAAGGAGGCGAACACGAGAGGAUUGGGCACGUCCCUAAUGGAACGUCUCAGGGUGACCUACGAAACUUUUUAUAACGACAAUCCGAACUACGUAACCAUGCUCGUAAAGAACUUUCGAUCCGAUCCAGAUAUACUGGCAAUACCGAAUGAGCUGUUUUACAACAAAAAUUUACAGCCACUGGCGCCACCGGAUCCACUGAGCCGAACGAAAAUCUUAAAUGUAGCUGGUGGUGAGCGUGCUAUUGUAUUUCAUGCGGUAAAUUCAAGGGAGCAGAGGAUGGGGAAUGCCCCAAGCUUCUUCAAUGACAAGGAGUUGGAUGUCCUGAAAAAAUAUAUCAAAGCACUGAUAGAGCAACACCAGGUUUCUCCAAAGGAUAUAGGAAUUAUUGCACCAUAUAUAAGACAGGUUUACAAAAUGAAAAACUGGCUCACGAGUUCACAUUACAAUGAUAUCGAAGUUGGAACUGUAGAGUCGUUUCAAGGUAAAGAAAAGAGAGUGAUCCUGGUUUCAACCGUCAGAGCAAAUUGCCGACUGCUGGACUAUGAUGCCAAGUAUGGACUAGGUUUUUUAGUUGAUGACAAGCGAUUUAACGUCACACUGACACGAGCCAAAGCAAAACUAAUAAUUAUUGGGAAUCCUACCUGCCUCAUAAGGGAUCUCAAAUGGCGCAAGUAUAUGAGCUUGUGUGCCGAAUUCAAAUCUUACUAUGGUCAAAAUGCCCAACAGCCGGAACGUACGUCGCAACUCCUCAUCGAUAUUGCACGGACAAGGUUCGAUAAAUGCCGUAUUUCAGAAGAGCUAAAGCCAAAUUCGAAACAGAAAAAAUAA